CUCAUGUCUUUUGAACGAGCAGAUAUUUACACUACCUCAGUGCUUCCUGGAGAAGCAGCCAGCGAAGACCAGUUCAGCGAGGUCAUCAAAGCAUUUAAACGGUUCAUUCUCGAGUUUAGAGUCGACAAUCAAUUCAUCUACAGAGAUCAGCUCAGAGAAAAUAUCCUUGUUAAACAAUACCAGCUCACGGUGCACAACGAGCAUCUGAUUAGCUAUAAUGAUGAACUCAAUAAGAAACUGAUGGACGACCCGUCAGAAAUGGUCCCCUUGUUCGAAAGGGCCAUCACCGAGAUUGCGAGAAGAAUCAUUUUCAUUUCCCACGAGGAAACGCCCGCCAGUUUCCCCACCUGCCAGCUGAUUCUGCUUUCCAACGACAACAGGCUCUCGAUCAGAAACUUGGACUCUGAACAUAUCUCGAAAAUCGUCAAGAUCUCGGGAAUCGUGAUUUCCGCGUCCACCCUCCACUCCAAGGCCACCGAUGUUACUCUGAUGUGCCGCUCGUGCAGACACACGAUGAAAAUGAAGGUUGGCUCAUCUUUUGGCGCCAUCCAGACGCCCAAAUCGUGUCAAAGCGCUCAGCAGCCUAACGGAGAAAAAAAUCAGUGUCCUCCCGACCCAUACAUCAUUGUCCACGACAAAUCCGUGUUCAUUGACCAGCAGGUGCUCAAGCUUCAGGAAACCACUGACAUGGUGCCGAUCGGAGAGAUGCCCAGACACAUUUUGUUGAGCGUCGACAGAAACUUGUGUAACAGGGUCAUUCCAGGCACGCGGUGCGACGUGGUUGGAAUCUACUCGAUCUACCAAGCCAAGGUCCGAAACGGGCCUUCUGCCAACAACGUCGCCAUCAGAAACCCGUACAUGAACGUUUUGGGCAUCCAGACGGACCGCGACGCACAGACGGGAGGUCUGAGCUCUGUUUUCUCUGAGGAGGAGGAGGAAGAGUUUCUGUCGCUGGCUCGGUCGCCAAACCUGUAUGAGCGGUUUUCUAACUCGAUUGCGCCAUCGAUUUACGGCAACGCCGACAUAAAAAAGGCCAUUGUGUGUUUAUUGAUGGGCGGUUCGAAGAAGAUACUGCCGGACGGCAUGCGUCUCAGAGGAGACAUCAAUGUGCUGCUGCUGGGAGAUCCCGGCACGGCCAAGUCGCAGCUUCUCAAGUUUGUGGAGAAAGUGUCGCCGAUCUCGCUAUAUACAUCUGGUAAAGGAUCGUCUGCGGCUGGUCUGACGGCGUCGGUGCAGCGAGACCCAACAACGAGAGACUUUUAUCUGGAAGGAGGAGCGAUGGUGCUUGCGGACGGGGGUGUGGUGUGCAUUGACGAGUUCGACAAAAUGCGCGAUGAGGACCGUGUGGCGAUCCACGAGGCCAUGGAGCAGCAGACGAUCUCGAUUGCCAAGGCGGGCAUCACAACGGUGCUGAACUCGAGGACGUCGGUGUUGGCGGCAGCGAACCCGAUAUUUGGCCGCUACGACGACAUGAAGUCGCCGGGCGAGAACAUUGACUUUCAAACUACAAUCUUGUCGCGUUUCGACAUGAUUUUCAUCGUCAAGGACGAGCACAACCAGCAGCGCGACGAGGCCAUUGCGCAUCACGUGAUGAAUAUCCACACGAACGGCGGGUCUGCCGAGACGCAGGUCGAGGGCGAGAUCCCGCUGGAGAAGAUGAAGCGGUACAUCCAGUACUGCAAGGUCAAGUGCGCGCCACGGUUGUCGUAUGAGGCGAGCGAGAUGCUGUCGUCACACUUUGUUGGAAUCCGGAAAGAGGUGAAAAACAAGGAGUCGCACUCGACCGAGCGGUCGUCUAUCCCAAUCACCAUCCGGCAGCUCGAGGCCAUUAUCCGGAUCACCGAGGCGCUGGCCAAGCUAGAACUGUCGCCUGUCGCUACAGAGAGACACGUCGAGGAGGCGAUUCGGCUGUUCAACGCGUCCACGAUGGACGCCGUCCACGAAGGAAACUCCGACAACGCGCAGAUAACGUCGGAGAUCCACAAGAUCGAGAGCGAGAUCAAGCGCAGACUGCCGCUUGGCUGGUCCACGUCGUACGCGACGCUCAGAAGACAGUUUGUUGAGAAGGGCAGCUACUCGCUGGCGGCGCUGGAAAAGGCUCUGAACAUUCUCGAGCGCAAGGAGACCAUCCAGCUCCGCCACCAGCGAUCUAACGUGUUUAGAUGCGGUGUAUAGCUAGCUGUAUUAAACUACAACAUGGAAGCCGGAACGACCCUUGGCCAGCCCCUUCUGGAUGAUUUGGGCGAUCUCGUGCGGGUCGCUCGUGAUUUUCGUGAGCACUUCAUGGCCGUUCGCAGUCACCACCACGUCAUCCUCAAUGCGCACUCCCCCAAUGUACAUGUACUUGUCCACUGCUUCCUUGCAAAUAUAUUUGCUGGUGUUUGGGUUUUUCAGCGCAGGCUCCAUAAGGAACGGAGAAAAGUAGAUCCCCGGCUCGUUCGUCACCACCAUGCCCGGCUCCAGCUUUCUGCGCAGCCGCAGAUACCGCAGCAUUGGAUUCGGGUCAUUGUAGUUUGGGUUCCCGCCCACGUCAUGGGUGUCCAUGCCCAGAAGGUGGCCAAGUCCAUGAGGGAAGAAGCUGGCAGACACGCCAGACUGGAAAAUGUCCUCCUCGUCUCCCCUGAACAGGCCGAGCUUGAGGAAGUUUCUGAUCAGCACUUUGUGCGCCAGCAGCUGUAAGUCGUCCCAGUGUGUGCCAGGCCUGAUUCUCUUCAUGCACUCGUUCUGCAUCUCCAGCACAGCCUUGUAGAUCUCCAGAUGCUCUUUGGUCCACACUCCGCUGAGCGGGAAGCAUCUGGUCACGUCGGACGCAUAACACUCCCACUCGGCUCCGGCAUCGAUCAAAACGCUCUCCUUUCCAGCAAGAGACUGGUCGUUUUUCACGUAGUGCAAUGUGCCACACGAUGGACCAGAGCAGCAAAUAGGAUCGUAAGCCUGGAACUUGGAGCCUUGACGAAUCGCAUGGUAGACAAACUCCGCGUGGAUAUGGCCCUCGUUGUUCUCUAUAGGCAGGGCCGACAUGACUGCAAGGUGCGAGUUGUCGGUAAUUUUAGCAGCCUUGCGCAUGAGCUCGAGCUCGAAUGAGUCUUUGAUCAACCGGGCCUCGUCUAGUGCAUAGAAGAAGUCCUUGUCUCCGGCAGUGACGUAUUUCGCAAACUUCUGGCUUGAAUACUCUUCCGUGUCAGUAGUGAAGAUUUCGAUUCCGUUGGCCAGGAGCUCUUGCAACACUGUGUCCACUACGGCUGCGUAGAGGACCUCAUCCACAUCGAACUUCUUGAUUGCCUCUUCGGGAAACAGAGGCAGGCCGCUCCACAUUAUGUCGUCAACGUCGACAUCGGGCAGAAAAAGGGUCAAUCUGUCGGUCGAAAGGUUGUACAGAACAAAACAACCACUGAUUUGGUUCACACCCGUAAGGUAGUGGAAGUAUCUGUUUUGUCUCAAAGGAGACGUCUGGUCGCAGUAAGGAUACAGCUUCAGCGAGGCACCUGCGAUGAAGAACGCGGCAUUGGCAUUGGGUUUUUUGGUCAAAAAGUGGUCUUUCACUUUCCUGGCGUGGGCUUUCGC